GUUCUCCUGUAUAUGGGAGAUGACCCCCGAGGCGGAGAUCGUGGCGGUGCGGUUCACCAAGAGCAUCAUUAAAUCCGCUGCUGCGCUGUCCUAUGUGGAGGCACAGGCGCGCAUGGAUGAUGAGCGCAUGCUUGAUGACCUCACAAGGGAUCUUCGCAACCUCAACCGCCUCGCUAAGGUGAUGCGGCAGCGCCGCAUCGACAGGGGGGCACUCACUCUUGCGUCACCGGAAGUCAAGUUUGAGAUCGACACUGAGACACACGACCCCCUCGACGCUGUGAGCCCUGACCCAUACUUCAACAAGCUCAUUCGCAUCCUCACCACUCGUUGCAUGACUCAGGCGGUGUAUUUCCCCAGCGGCCAACUGGCCCCUCCGGAGUACCACCACUACGGCCUUGCUGCUCCCAUCUACACCCACAUCACCUCGCCCAUUCGCCGAUAUGCCGAUGUGGUGGUGCAUAGGCUGCUGGCUGCAGCUAUCGGUCUCACGCCGCUCCCCGAUCAGACCAAGGACAAGAACGCACUCACAGCACUCACGGACAACCUCAACUACCGCAAUCGCAAUGCCCAGAUGGCGGGGCGAGCCUCAGUGGAGCUCCACACACUCAUCUUCUUCCGCACGCGCCCAACGGAUGCGGAGGGUCGGAUAGUGAUGGUGCGCUCCAAUGGGCUUAUCGUUUUCGUGCCCAAGUAUGGCAUAGAGGGGCCUGUCUACCUCAUGCCCAAAGAGCCUCCUAAGGGGAAAGCUGUUGCAAUUGCUGCUGCCAGUAAGCUUGACGGCAAUGUGGCAUCAAGUGAUUGGGUGGUGGAUGAGAAGACACAGACGGUGGAGUCAAAAGAUGGGAAGCGGCGGUUCAAAGUGUUGGACACAGUGACUGUGCACAUUGAGGUCAUCGAGCCACAGCCAAAUCGUCCCAAGCUGUCGUUAACGCUAGUGAACCAAUGUUAGCUGUGUCUCAAAACUAGACAGUUUUUUACAGGUGGAUAGUUUGUGGAGCUACAUAUUAUUGAGCGUGUCCAUGUAUGUGUACGCAGUCCUAA